UUUAUUCAUUUCUAAAAGAGAAUCAGAAUGGGAAGAUCUAGGUCCAGGUCUAGAUCUAGGUCCAGGAGGAAGAGGAGCAGGAGGACCAGAAGCCGGAGCAAUGACCGGAGCAGGAAGAAGUCACCGAUAGGUUCUCAGAGCAAUGGAGACUCACAUGUCAGGUCAAAGGAGAAGAAUGGAAACAGAUCUCGGUCCCGGACAGCAGACAAGUCAAGGAGAAAGGACAGAAUAAGUGACCGUAAGAAAGAGAGGUCUGUCUCAAAGGGACGUAAAAAGCGAUCCCGGUCCCGAUCUAGGAGAAAGAGUCGAUCGGUGUCUGGUGGAAGGUCGAGGAAGCGAUCUUUGGACCGACGGCAGAGAUCAAAGUCCAUUGAUAAAACCUCAAGGACUAAGAAAGGAUCCCGCUCUCCGAAGAAGCCCCUAGCUCGACAGUCCAGCUCCCGAUCCCGGGAAAGAAGAAGAUCUCGGAGCAGGUCCACGAAAAGAGCAAAGAUCUCUAGAUCAAAGUCAAAAGAUUCUCACAGUAAAAAAUCCAAGUCGCCGGAAGUGCAACGAAAACCUUCUCCCCCCACUGCUAACUCGCCUAAAAACCCGAACAUGUUAAAAAUUAACUCAAGCACUAAACUCAUAACCAAGGAAACUGCUCCGGGUAGUGAUGUGAACUUGAGAUUGUUGAGCAUGCUGAAGGAUCAGUAUGGGGAAAUCCAGCCCUGGGGAGCUAACAAGUUGGAUGAUGAACGUACACAAAGGAAUAACGGGUCGGAUAGAUACUCUCCGUCAGGAAACCGGGGACAGAGCAGAACUCCUGACAGGUCCAGGGAGAGAAAGAGAUCCAAUGAUCGCAGUAGGGAUUAUGACCAGGGAAGGGAUCGAGAUAGAAGAUCCCAACAUCAAAGUAGGGAUCAAGUGGAGAGAUCCCGAGACCUCAGUAGGGAUCAAGAUAAGAAAACACGCGACCUAAGCAGGGUUCAUGACAAGAAACCCCGAGAUCUCAGUAGAGAUCAAGACUUGAAAUCCCGGGAUCUAAGCAAGGAUCAUGAUCAAAGUUCGGAGGAUGAAUCACCCUCAAAAGAAAAGGAGAAAAGUAAAAAAUCCAAGAAAAAGAAAGAGAAGAAGGGAAAGAAGGAAAAGAAACACAAGAGCAAGGAGAAGAAGAAAAAGAAGGAGAAGAAGAAGGAAAAGAAGAAGGAGAAGAAGAAGGAGAACGGGGGAAGCGAAGUGAGACAACGAGCUCCAAUGACAAAAGAGGAAUGGGAGAGAAUGGAAAGGAAUAAGAAAAACAAUCCUCUACCAGAUACACAGCUUAACAGGCAAAUGUACUCUGAGAACUCUAAAAAGGUUAAGGAGGAGUACAACUGGGUUUUAAACCGGUCUCCACCUCUACAGCAUGUACGCAUGCAGUAUAAAACAUUCCGACCACCUCAAGCCUUCUAGUCAUUGGUUCUUCUACCCUGUACACUUAAUAAUUUGAUAAAUAAUGAAUUAAUUCUGAAAUGCAAAAAUAAGCAACAUUUUAAACUUAAAGUUUAAAGGGAGUGUAGACGUAAUAUAUCAAGUUACUUUAAAUUGAUAGCGUGGAUCUAAUCUACAACGGUACCCUUUAAACAUAUGUCUGAGCUGAACUGAUGAAGUUAUUCCUCAUGUUCUAUUUUAAAAUUGACAAUGUUCAAUGGAGGAUUAUGUGUAGAAUUGCCCUGCGGAUUAAUGAAGUUGAAGUGAAAGAGUAAAACUGUCAGAAUUUAACACUUCUUCAGUUUAAAAUGCGACAAUAUCUUUCUCAUUGUUCCUCAUACUGGUUUAUGGGGUAUUGUUGUGAAUUGGACAUACUAAGCUUUACAUAGAGUGUAACUUGAAAUUUCAAUUAAAGUUCAUUUUAAAUUACGUGAACAGUCCCUUUAAAAUAAAUUUUUAUGUUUGCAUGUUUUCCUGGCUGUAGCUAUAGCUGUUAUUCUCCAACACCAACCCAAUUUGAAAACUUUAAAUUCGUCAUUUUAGGCGACAGGCUCUGAUUUCUUGUUCCUUCAGUUCUUUACCGGGGCUUUAAGUUACUUGUUGUAAAAGUUUGUUGAAAAUUUAGUUUGUUGCAGA